GUCGUGUAUUCUAUACCUCGCUCUCUCGCUAUCUCGCUCAGUCGACUUGUCCUGGCCCCCGGACCAGCUUUUCUUUCUCCCGGUAACUGUUCAAAUUUCGAUCCCCGAGACACCGCGAGACCGGUGGGGAUGUGGACCCUUCAUACGUGCGCGCCAGUGUCUCUCACUCGAAAAUUGCGAGGCACAAUUAGAUAUGUGGACAUUGGGCCUUAUUGUGUUUAAAUCAUUUGUUGAGAAAUUUUUUUAUAAACAAAUAUUACAUAGAUUGCGAAACAUUCCUAUUUAUAAACAAACUUGCACAAUUUUUUUUAAUAAAAUGUUAAUUGCAGUAUUAGAAUUUCUAUUUAUAUUUUUUUACUCUUUUUUGUUGUAUUGGAAAUCGUAUUACAGUUGUAAAUGUCUUAUCAAUAAUUUUUAUCACAAAGUAAAGUAUUUUUUUAAUUAUUUUUCCUGCAAAAUAGCAUUUCUAAAUCAGAUUUAAAUGCAUAUAAUAUAUAAACAUUCUGUUCCUUCGUAUACGAAAAAGGAAAAUAAGAGAUAGAAUAAUAUAGUUAAUGUAUACACACAAGAAUUAAUUGUUCAGUUAUGUACAAAUAACAUAUAAAAAAUAUAUAAGCCACAUCUUUCGAUUUAUCUUCUUCUAACAUUAAGUUAGCUUAUAUAUCAGUCCGUCAACUACUUUGACGGCACACGCCGACGAUAAGUCCUAUCAUAUUGAUAAGAAUGCGGCGUGCUCCAAAAGGUAAAUCGAUAAACAGAUCGGUAUAGUAGCGGCGCACUAUAGUAUAAGGACGAUCGAAGAUGAGAAUCUCGGGCAACGUAGGGCCUUUGGGACCGCAGUAGUGGGGAAUCACGGGGGUAUGAGGCGCUGCGGGCCGGUAAAACGGGGAAGGGGAGAAGACGGGGGUUUAGGACCCGAGAUCGAGAGCGAGUGGGGAUAGGCGCGUGCCCGCCCUGGCUAUAUAAGACCCGAACCCUCAUUGGCUAAGCAUUUCGGGAGCCAGAAUCGUACCGAGAGCAUCGAGGGUGCGCGCAAUUCAAUUUUUCUUCCCACACUUUUCUUUUCGAUUAAUCGAGUAAUCGCACGUCUGUUCUUUUUACCUUUACGUACGCGCGUAUUACGAGGUGUUAACGAUUCGCAUCGGCCUCGCCUCGAUAAAGUUUCUUUUCGAUAAGUCGAGCAGUGUACGUCGCACGAAGGUCGCCUGGCACGCGCUGCUACAAUUCCUGCUCCCGGGUAGUGGGGAGAUUCGGAUCCGUGAUAUGACCUUAGUGGGGCCUAAGGAGGAGAGCGUCUUGCCCAUCAUGCUGAGUGUGCAGCAGCAGCAUCACCAUCACGGUCUUCACGCCACUUCGAGCGCACAGACCCAUCGCGGCAACGUGAUUGUCUCAACCAACAGUAUGCCAACGAACAACAGUACUCUACAACACGGCUGCAAGCGAACGAAAAUCUAUGGACAAACAACUGGGCCUUAUGGCACAGUACCACAUCAGCCUGCCUCGGUAGCUAGACGAAACGCGCGUGAACGCAACAGGGUGAAGCAGGUAAACAACGGAUUCGCCACUUUGAGGCAACACAUACCGCAGACAGUGGCGCAGGCACUGGGAAGUAGUACUGCUGGAACCCAUGGAGGAUCCAGAGCUGGUAGCAAGAAACUAUCCAAAGUGGAGACUCUAAGAAUGGCAGUGGAAUACAUCAGAAGUCUUCAACGUCUUCUCGAAGAACACGACGGUAGUUCCGAUUCCAGCGGAUCCUCGCCCACUUCUUUAACGUCCUCCAAUGCACCCGAAAACGGAGUGAGCUCUGACUCUAAUCAUUCAGCAGAACUAAGACUACGAGGUAGCAUCACCGGGGAGAUUCAUCAUCACAGUAGUCCACAUGGAUCUGACCUUCGGCAUCAACACCUUAGGCAGAAUCCGAGUCCAACGACUUUUGUCCCAACGACAUGUUCGGAGGCUUCGAGUUCACCAACUCCAAGCUUCGUCUCCGAAACCUCAUCAGCCGGAAGUCAAGGUUAUGGCACGCCUAGCACUCUUUACACGACGCAUUCCGACAGUUACGACAAUUAUGAGCCGAUGAGUCCGGAAGAUGAAGAGUUGCUGGAUGUCAUUUCUUGGUGGCAGCAGAGUCAGUGAGGAUGUCGACAUUGAUUCCGCUAAGCCCUGCGUCCUUCUGAAGCAAUGACCAAAUGCAAAGGCACGCGCGGAAUCAAAGACAAAGAUGAUACAAACAAGAAAAAUAAAGGUAAACGAAGAAAGCGGCUGUUGCAUUAACUAUAAUCUAGUCAUAUUAUGUUGCACUUUGUCGUCUAAACUAUGUGUAAUAUGUUAUCCUCUUCUGUACAAAUGCGAAAAAUCUUUGAAAAUAUAUGUCUCUAGAAUUAUUUAUCGUAUUGAUAUCGAACAAAAUAUGGAAACGUACAACUAAUUGUAUGUUUAGUAAUAAUUCAAAAGUAUGACAAAUGCAUUGCAAUUUCUAAUUAUGUUAUAUUUUGUAAUUUAUUAUGGCAAAAAUAUUUUCUUAAAUUUCAUUAUCCAAAAGUAAAGAUAGAAAACCUAUAUGGUUAUUAUUUAUUUAGAAUACCCUUCUUAAUAUCUCCAAAUUACUUUUUUAACUAUUUAUCGCAUAUAUAACAAAAAUUAUUUCAAACGUAACACAAAAGGGAUGCAAAGAAUGGAGAAAGUUUGAAAUAAUAUAAAGAAUAAAUUCAGUUCUCUUGCUUCUUAAUAUUUUUACAUGAAAAGUCAACUUGUAUAAAAUUUAAUUCAUGAUUUUAUUUAAUAAUUGAAAGCAACUCCACAUAAUUAUAUGAAGAUAGAUCUUUUACAAAUUAAUGAGAUGUUUCUCUUGAAAUCACGUAAUUUUUAAUCAAAACAUUUGAACAAAUACUAAUAAUUCAAGAUUGUUCUUAAAAAAUGAAAUGUCCGUUUCGAUUAUUAUUGUG